AUGAGUGGGACACUAUCCCACGCAAAAACUGAUUCACUGUAAUGUUUUUGCAAGAUCUGCAUCACAAGUUUGCUACACAUGACACUUAAAACCUGUCAUGCGCGCUUCCCCAUGGAAAACACGCUUGGAAAUCCAAUGCCUUGGAGGUGUAGCAAGACAAAUAGUUCUGUGUUCCAUUUUCUGCGUCACAGGUUCACAGUGAAACAGUUUUUUCUUGCGAUAGACUCUGUCCCGGUCGACCUCCCAAGGUGUCAACGACCAGGAAUACAGCGAGCCACGAACCUUGGCCACCGGCUAUUCUGAGUAAAAACAUCCCCACCCCAGAGUUGUCCUGCAAAUCCGCAUGCCAAAAAAGUUUCUCAUGCGAAGCCCCAUGAGAAGCCUUUUUUACUUGUGUUUUGGGAGUUGUGAUGCUCGGAAUAGCAUGAUGUGCUAGAUCUGUGAUGCUGUUGAACUCGCUAUAACAGGAUUCCACUACGAGGACAAACUUGUCAUGCGAAACAACCAAAGUUGGCCGAUUUGUCUAUCAGAUUUCCCGCAUCUUGACUCUGGUACGCGGACGUUUUUACUCAGAAUACCGGCGCAUCCAGGUUUGACACGAACGAUUUGCCGGCAAAUUGGGAAAUCAACUCCCACUGGUGUCUCAACGAGAAAUUUGACGACGACAGUGUCGCGGUGAAGAGUGACAAGGCGAACUGCGUAACGGUUUACCGGAAGGCGGAGCAGAUUCCGGCAAGUUUAGGAACGCCGAAAGUCUGUGCCGUGGAUUUCCAAGCCGCGGAUGAGGAACAGAAUAAUAUGUUGCAAGACGCGGCGAAUUUGCGGUCCGGGGUGAAGUUAGUUGGAAAAUACCACGUGUACCGGCGGUACGGGUUGUUAUUCGAAAAAUUUCAGAACGACGUGCGGUUCGACCCGCUAAAGGAUUUUUUAUCCGAUGAGAAAUCCUGCAAGCAAACCUACAUCACCGGGCACCAUCUCGGCGCCGCGGUCGCGACCCUGUUCCGAUUAAUCCUGAAUGGGGGGCGACUGGUCACUUUCUCUUCGCCCGCAAUCUUCCCGCAGUACAGCUUUCCCAAAUCGUGCAACUUCGGCGACGCCUUUCACUUCCAGGACGACGCAAAUCGGUUCACGCCAGUGGGGUUUCGACAAGCGGGGGUGAGGCAAAACGCUUUGUGUACCAGCA